AUGUCGUUAAGAACACUGACUCCAGUGUUCAGAAAUCUUGCUGUAGCAAGUACCUCAGUAGCCAGUGUUCAACCGUUUCAAUGCCUGUGCAAUCAAAUGCGGAAUUUUACCUUUUCUGCCAAGUUGUUAAAAAGUCUUGCGGAAGAACAUCCAGCUCCAAAAAUCUCUGAAGCUCAGAAAUUUUUACAAGAAGGAACUGUUGGGGCGGAACAUUGGCUUUCUGUCAACCAGUCUAGAUUUGAAGAAAGCUUUCCAACCCCUGAAACGCUACACCAAAGUUUUGAUGGAAUUCCGUUUAAAGAGUUGCCGAUAGUACAUAUCAAGGCAACCAAAAAUAAUACGCUUAUCAACGCUGUUACAUUUGAGAAUCAACCGAUUAUAUACACUUCUUGUCGAUUAGAAGGCUUCAAAAAUGCUAAGAAAAAAACGCAGAUCGCAGGUCAUGCAACGGGGGUCGCGGCUGGGCAGAAAUUGCUGCGGCGGGGCGUUAAGGCCGUUAGGAUUAAGCUCAAAGGUCUUGGUCCAGGAAGAAUGACUUCUAUCAAGGGGCUUACAGUAGCUGGAGUACAGGUAAUCUCGAUAACAGAUGUAACUGAGUUGAAAGAACUUGGUCCCAGGCCGAAAAAACAGAGGCGUGUAGGAUAA